CCCAUGGAGAUUGGACAGCCGGGUGCCACAUGGCAGAGAGGAGCCAGGAUAAAAGAUGAGCUGGUCCGGGGAAUUGUAGUGUCUGCAGCAGAACAGCCAGGAGAAGUUCACAGGAAGGUGGCAACAAACUUUGCUGGGUGCACCGAGCCGGACAAUUCAAGGCACGGAAGACACCAGGCAUUUGGCUGCAGGGGAGGAAGGACGCCAGAGCUACAGCCAUCCAGAAACACCCACAGCCUGACUGCGAGCUGCGGUGGACCCCGUCCCCUGGAGAGCCUCUGUGCGCAGUCAUGUCCCUGGUGGUGAAGGAGAAGAACCAGGUGCGGCUGGUCUUCUUGGGCGCUGCCGGCGUGGGCAAGACAGCACUGAUUCGCCGCUUCCUGCUGGACACCUUCGAACCCAAGUACCGGCGCACAGUGGAGGAGCUGCACAGCAAGGAGUACGAGGUGAGCGGGGCCACAAUCAAGGUGGAAAUCCUGGACACCAGUGGCAGCUACUCUUUCCCAGCGAUGAGGAAGCUCUCGAUCCAGAGCAGCGACGCCUUCGCCCUGGUCUAUGCCGUAGAUGACGCAGAGUCCUUCGAGAGUGUCAAGAGCCUGCGGGAAGAGAUCUUGGAGGUGAAGGAAGACAAGUACCCUCCCAUCGUGGUGGUGGGCAACAAAGCGGAGAGUGGCGGGGAGAGGCAGGUGCUGGCAGAGGAUGCCCUGUCGCUGGUGGAGCUGGACUGGAACAGCCGCUUUGUGGAGACGUCGGCCAAGGAGAAUGAGAACGUCCUGGAGGUCUUCACGGAGCUCCUGCAGCAAGCCAACCUGCCCAGCCGACUCAGCCCAGCCCUCUGCAAGAGGAGGGAGACGUUCCCCAAGGAGCCCACGCUGAGGCCUCCCAUGAACAAGACCAACAGCUGCACCAUGUGCUGAGCCGGGCCACGUGGGGCUGGGAGGAAGGCGCUGGCAGCAGCAGCACUGGCUGGAAACUCAGGUGGGCUGGGUGGAGAGAGGCGCUGCCUCAGCCAAAACUAACCCUGCUCCCUCCCGCCCCUUCCCUCCUCUUCCCCACCCAGCCUGUUCAGACUGGUUAGAUUUGUAGAUCAAGAGGAGGAGGGACUUGGAAGGGAUGCUGGUCGCUUUGAUUUGGUUGGCACUGGAGCAGCAUGGGGAGAGGACGAGUUCCCAAAGGAACCUGAGAAACCGUGGUCCAUCUGCACACCGCUACCCCGGGGCAGCGCUGAGCCAGCGGGUGUAGUCGCGUCGAGGGAGAGGGGGCUCAAAACUCUGUCGGAGAGCAUGCUGCAUUUGUGCAACAGCAAGCUUGCAGGCAGGGCUGCAGGAGGGACCUCGCGUGCUAGGAAGGGGGCAAACAACAGUCUUCUGUUGCAUGCAUCAGGAAGCAGAUGCAGGCAUCUGUGUAACUGCAUUGCACCACACUGGCUCUGGUCUCCCGGGUCUCGGUCACCUUGCCCCAAGCAUUCCCAUGUACAACGGUCUAGUGCCAGCUACGUUUACAAUGACAGAACCAGCGUCCAAAGUAGUUUUGAUUUUGUACGUUAGGUAGGCGCGUAGAGCAUGCAAUAGGACAGUCUAUGCAUCUCUUCAGUU